UCACCCUCGGCAGAGAUGGCCCUGGCCCAGGAGCUGUACGGUGUCCCAGCCUCCAGGCUGGACUCCUUCGUGGCUCAGUGGCUGCAGCCCAGCCGGGGAUGGAAAGAGGAGGUGCUGGAGGCCGUGCACACGGUGGAGCAGUUCCUGAGGCAGGAGGCCUUCCAGGGAGAGCGCGCCCUGGACCCGGAGGCGCGGGUGCUGAAGGUGGUCAAGGUGGGCUCCUUUGGGAAUGGCACAGUGCUCAGGAGCGAGGCAGACGUGGAACUGGUGGUGUUCCUGAGCUGUUUCCACAGCUUCCAGGAGGAGGCCAAGUACCACCAAACUGUCCUGAGACUGAUCUGGGGAAAACUGUGGUGUUGCCAGGACCUGCUGGAUCUUGGGCUCAGUGACCUGAGAAUAACCCAAGGAGUCCCCAGUGCUCUCGACUUCACCAUCCAGACCAGGGGGACCGCGGAACCCAUCAAUAUCACCAUCGUGCCUGCCUACAGAGCUCUGGGGCCUGCUGUCCCCAACUCUCAGCCACCCCCUGAGGUCUACGUGAAUCUGAUCAAGGCCUGUGGAUACCCUGGAAAUUUCUCCCCUUCCUUCAGUGAGCUGCAGAGAUGCUUCGUGAAACAUCGGCCAACGAAAGUGAAGAGUCUCCUGCGGCUGGUCAAACACUGGUACCAGCAGUACGUGAGAGCCAAGUGCCCCAGAGCCAACCUGCCCCCUGUCUAUGCCCUUGAACUGUUGACCAUCUAUGCCUGGGAAACAGGGACUCAGGAGAAUGAGAAUUUCAAGCUGGACGAGGGUCUCAGCACAGUGAUGGAGCUGCUCCAGGAUUAUGAAUUCAUCUGUAUCUACUGGACCAAGUACUACACACUCCAGCACCCAACCAUCCAGGACUUUGUCAGAGAACAGUUCAAAAAAGAGAGGCCCAUCAUCCUGGAUCCGGUGGACCCCACCCACAAUGUGGCAGAAGGGUACAGAUGGGACUUAGUCGCUCAGAGGGCCAGACAGUGCCUGAAACAGGACUGUUGCUAUGACAGCAGAGAAAUCCCAGUCCCCACCUGGACUGUGAAGUCAGCGAGAGACAUCCAGGUGACGGUGCAGCAGUGGGGUCUCUCCGAUCUCGUCCUCUGGGUGAACCCUUACGCGCCCAUAAAGAAGAUGAAGGAGAAGAUCCGACAGAGCCGGGGCUGCGCGGGCCUCCAGCGCCUGUCCUUCCAGGAGCCCGGCGGCGAGCGGCAGCUCCUGCGCAGUCACUGCUCCCUGGCCUAUUACGGGAUCUUCUCCCACACCAGCGUCUGCCUGCUGGACACCGUCUCCCCCGAGAUCCAGGUCUUUGUGAAGAGCCCGGACGGUGGGAGCCACGCCUACGCCGCCCAGCCCGCCCACCUGGUCCGCAGCCUGAAGGAGCAGAUCGAGGACCGGCAGGGCCUGCUCCGGGAGCUGCAGCGCCUGGAGUUCCGGGGCCACGUCCUGCAGGACUGGUUCAGUCUGGACUACUACGGCGUCGGAGACAGCGACACUCUCACUCUGUCCGAGAAGAAGGCAGGAGAAGCUCGGUUUCCUUCCAGCUAGUUUCCUCCGGGAAGCUUCUCUGUCUGCCUCUCUGUCUUCUAAUCCAGGCCCCGGUGCCACAUCUUCACCGACUUUGUCAACAGCUCUACUGGCCCUGCCAGUAGGGGAGGGGAAGAGGUGCUAGAGACUAAAUAUACAAAUGGCCCAUGGCCAGAUCCUAUGUGACAGUAAAACUCUGACCCACAUUCUCCACAGCAGCCAACCCAGAACCAAGUCCAGGACUAAGUCAAUCACUGCCGUUUAUCUAAUUUCCCACACCACCUAGAACUCACUUUCCAUUUAGGACCAACCAGAGAAAACCAAAUGAGCUCCCCAAACCGAUCACAGAGGUAGUCUGCUUGUAGUUGGCACCUACAACUUCCCAGCGAUAACCAGCUUGAUCAUGCUAUGCCUGAAGCCUUCAUCAUUUGUCAGGUUCACUGUAAAGCUUUCCCAUUCUCCUGCCUGCCCUGAGUCUCUGUGGAAGGCAAAGGAUAGUGCCUGAAAGUUGUGAAUAAACAACCUCUGUUCUCA